AUUUGAUAUAAAAAUACAAAGAAAUAUAUAAAAAGUGGUGUGUGUGUGAAUGUAUAUUCGACUUUAAUGCAACUUGGAUGAAAUCCAUCCUUAUCCUACGCUUGCUGCUCCUUGUUUUCACACCCCGUGACUAUACAACCCAUGCUUCCUUCGAUAUAGGCACGUGGUGUGUGUAUAAAUAUACACUCUCUUUGAUUAAGAGUUCAUGACCUGUUUUUCAAUUCUCUGAACCAAAAAAAAAAAAAAAACAUGGCAUCACUCUCAGAAACAAUUCUGAUCAUCGUCUUCAUCAUGUUCAUCUGCUCCGGUGUUUCAUUGGCUAAACAGAGCAUCUUCAAAUCCGAACUUGAAGCUUUGGUUUCCUUCAAGAAUGGCGUUUCCAGUGACCCAUUGGGAGUUUUCUCAGAUUGGACCAGUUCUGUCCGCCAUUGCAACUGGACUGGCAUCACCUGCGACCGCUUCGGCCACGUUGUCUCCAUUUUCUUGCAGGAGAAGCAACUCCAAGGCGCUUUAUCUCCCACUAUCGGAAAUAUCUCGAAACUCCAGGUUCUUGAUCUUACUUCCAACUCGUUUUCAGGAAAAAUCCCGACAGAAAUCGGGAAACUGACCGAGCUUAAUGAGCUCGUUCUUUACCUCAAUUCGUUUUCGGGUUCCAUCCCCUCUCAGAUAGGGAAUCUUGAGAAUAUAGUGUACCUUGAUCUGAGGAAUAACUUGUUGGACGGUAGUAUUCCUGAAGAAGUCUGCAACUGCAGAUCACUGGUAGACUUUGGAAUUGGAAACAACAACUUGACCGGGAAAAUACCAGAAUGCAUAGGAGAUUUGGAUAAUCUCCAGGUGUUUAUAGCGGACGGAAACAGUUUAACUGGUUCAGUUCCGGCCUCAAUCGGUAAUUUGGUUAAUAUGACAACGUUAGACCUGAGUGGUAACCGAUUAACCGGGAAAAUACCAAGAGAGAUGGGAAACCUUUCAAACUUACAGGUUCUGGGCUUGAUUGGUAACUUGUUGGAAGGAGAAAUACCGGCUGAGAUUGGAAACUGCACGAAUCUGAUCGAGCUUGAGCUUUAUGAUAAUCAGUUAACCGGACGUAUACCGACUGAGCUCGGGAAUUUAGUUCAGCUGCAGAUGCUGCGUUUGCAUGGCAACAAACUGAAUUCCACAAUCCCUCAUUCAUUGUUCAGGUUAACGUUGUUAACCCAUCUGGGAUUGUCAGAGAAUCAGCUGGUUGGACCGAUACCCGAAGAAAUAGGAUCACUGAAAUCACUUGAAGUCCUCACACUUCAUUCCAACAACUUAACUGGGAAAUUCCCCCUGUCAAUAACAAACAUGAGGAACUUGUCGAUAGUGACGAUGGGGUCUAAUUCAAUUUCAGGAGAGCUUCCGGAAAAUCUAGGGAUUCUUACCAACCUUAGGAAUCUUUCUUCGAACAACAAUCAUCUCACGGGGCCAAUACCCUCCAGCAUAAGUAACUGCACCAGUCUUAAAGUUCUGGACUUGUCAUUUAAUCAGAUGACUGGUGAAAUCCCGGUGGGUUUAGGACGGAUGAAUCUGACAUUGCUUUCUCUCGGGCCAAAUCAUUUCACAGGCGAAAUCCCAGAUGAUAUCUUCAACUGUACAAACCUAGAAGUUCUUAAUUUGGCCGAAAACAACUUCACAGGAACGCUCAAGCCUUUCCUUGGGAAACUUCAGAAGCUCCGAAUAUUUCAAGUGUCAUAUAAUUCAUUAGGAGGGCCGAUUCCCAAGGAAAUAGGGAAUCUAGCACAGGUGAACCUGUUGUAUCUUCAUGGGAAUCAUUUCACGGGAAGAAUCCCGAGGGAGAUAUCAAAGCUCACCAUCCUCCAGGGAAUCACACUGCAUAUGAAUGAUAUUGAAGGGCCAAUUCCUGAAGAAAUGUUCAACAUGAAGCAACUAACAAAGCUUGAUUUGUCCAGGAACAAGUUUUCAGGUCCAAUUCCAGACUUGAUCUCAAAACUCGACUCACUUUCCUACCUGAAUCUUCACGGAAACAAGUUUAACGAGUCGAUCCCCGCAAGCCUGACAUCUCUCACGCGACUCACAUCCUUAGAUAUCUCCCACAAUCUUCUCGCGGGAACCAUACCCCCACAGGUGAUCGCUUCCAUGAGAAACGUACAGCUCUACCUCAAUUUUUCUCACAAUUUCUUGACUGGAACCAUUUCUGAGCUUGGAAUGCUUGAAAUGGUUCAAGAAAUUGACUUUUCAAACAAUCUCUUCUCCGGGUCUAUUCCAACAUCUCUCAGGGGCUGCAAAAAUGUAAUCUUUCUUGAUUUCUCCCAGAACAAUCUUUCCGGAGGGAUUCCAGAUGAAGUCUUCAAACAAGGCGGCAUGGAAAUGAUCAGAGAUUUGAACCUUUCUGGCAACCAUUUAUCUGGUGGGAUCCCCGAAAGCAUUGGCAACAUGACGCAUUUAGUCACUCUGGAUCUCUCUCGGAACAACCUUACAGGUGAAAUUCCAGAGAGUCUCGCCAGUCUUCCCAGUUUAAAAUAUGUCAACCUUUCUUCCAACCACCUCAAAGGCCAUGUUCCGGAAGCUGGUGUGUUCAAAAACAUCGAUGUGUCUGACCUGAUGGGAAAUGCAGAUCUUUGUGGCAGCAAUAAAUAUCUGAAGCCAUGUAAGACCAAAAGGAACUCGACCCACUUCUCAAAAAAAACUGCAAUCGUGCUCAUUGUGCUUGGAUCAGUCUCAGUUCUCCUUCUGGUAUUCUUGCUGGUUCUGGUGCUUACCCGUUGCAGAAAAACGGAGAAGACAAAAACUUCAGAGUCUCCAUUGCCGGAUUUGGAUUCAACAUUGAAGCUGAAGAGAUACGAUCCAAAGGAGUUAGAAACAGCAACAAAUUCCUUCAACAGUGCCAACAUAAUCGGUUCAAGCAGCUUAAGCACAGUGUACAAAGGUGAAUUAGAGGACGGAACAGUAAUCGCAGUAAAAGUAUUGAAUCUGAAGCAAUUCUCCGGAGAAUCAGACAAAUGUUUCUACAGAGAAGCAAAAACACUGAGCCAGCUAAAGCAUCGGAACCUGGUGAAAAUCUUAGGGUUUGCUUGGGAAAGCGGCAAAAUGAAAGCGUUGGUUCUUCCUUACAUGGUUAACGGAAGCCUGGAGAAAGCGAUCCACGGAUCGACGAUCGGGACGCUGUCGGAGAGAAUCGAUCGGUGUAUAGAGAUGGCGAGCGGGAUCGAUUAUCUGCAUUCUGGGUACGGCGUCUCGAUCGUUCACUGCGAUCUGAAGCCGGCGAACAUACUCUUGGACGGUGAUCGAAUCGCUCACGUGAGCGACUUCGGGACUGCUCGGAUCCUGGGUGUUUGUGAAGAUGGAAGCGUCACUGCUUCUUCUUUUGCCUUCGAAGGAACCAUCGGAUACUUGGCUCCAGAAUUCGCGUACAUGGGGAGAGUGACGACAAAGGCCGAUGUGUUCAGCUUUGGGGUAAUAAUGAUGGAGCUUCUGACGAAACGGAGGCCGACAGGAGUGAUCGAUGAUGGAACACCCGGACCGACUCUGCGUCAGUUUGUGGAGAAAUCACUCGCAGAGGGAGCAGAGGAGAUGGUCAGGGUUCUAGAUUCGGAUCUCGAUUCUUCUCUUGUCGGGAAACAGGAAGAAGCCAUUGAAGAUCUUUUGAAGCUCUGUUUGUUCUGUACUAGUUCCAGACCGGAAGACCGGCCCGACAUGAACGAGGUUCUCACUUAUCUGAUGAAGGUUAAGGGGAACAUGCCUUCAGAGUUUGGUGAGAUUGUAUAAAGAGAUCAUCAUUGUCUUAGAUUGAGCCGAUGGACAAGCACAGUACAAUUCGUGAGAGAUUUACAUUUUUAUAUUUCAAAAGGUGAUACAUAAACAUGCAAAUGUUUAUACAUAUGGUUUUGCAUGA